AUGAGCCUGCGCACCCGGAACCCCUCGGGGCCUCUCCUCGCUCUCACCACAUCGUCACUGAGCGUCGCUGACGAGCCUAACCCAUCAUCCUCAACCAGGCUUCCUGGUCACCACUUUUCCAGGCCACCUACACCACUUCCCGCCUGCUCGCUCCCGUCCUCCGAAGGUGGCAACUCUAUAGAGGGUGGCGAUGAAGAUAGGUUAGCGGUGGCUCGAGCUCUGCAAAGCAAAUGGCUCUCGGCCGCGGCCCGUCUAUCAUCCUCUAUUCCCAGUGGGCGCCUUGAGCUCGCCCUCGUUUGUGAUAUUGACCCUCGCCACAACCGGGCACUCGAGAUUGCGAUGGCCAUCACUACGCCGCUCCGCCUCCUACCGCCCUUGAGAGACUGCCAUAUCCGGCUUUCUAAAACCCCGAACCGUCAACUCCAGCAGGUAGCUCAAGAUAGCGUCCUGCGCGCCUGCGGCAUCGCUCUUCCGUCUUCAAAGCCAUCGUUGCUGUCUACUCUGACAACCCUCCCACGCGAACUGCGCCUUCGUAUUCUCGAGUAUACCGACCUUAUCGUCCCGAGCAGGCAGGUCACGUGGAGUAGACAGGAUCACGGAUAUAUUACAUCUUCCGUCGAACCCUCGACCUCGCCCGACCACCUGUAUCGCAGCCAGUUUUUCCAUUGCUGGUACAACGAAGGCCCUGGCCCAUUCAUCGGUUGUUUUUGUCGCCGUCGCCACUCUGCCUUUUCGUUCAAGUGCAAGUGCUGGGCUCCCCCAGGGCCUACCCUGUUCCUUAUUUGUCGCACCUUGUAUCAGGAUGCCCAGUUCGUCUUCUUCUCAGGAAACUGCUUCGUCAUCCAUGAUUACCGGACCUGCCCGCCUUGGGAGAUGCCCUGUAUUGGCGGCCAAACUUGGGAGGAAAAUCGUAUUCCUAGACGCGACUACCCAAACGAGCGCCUUGCUGUAUCCCAAUUUCUACGAGAAGUCAUCCCUACCCACUGCCUGGCCUAUCUUCGCUUCCUCGAGGUGGUCUUCCCUCCAUACCCCCCUUCCGGUUGGCCUCAAGCCGGCCACCCUGCGAUGGACGACUGGUGGGCAACGGUCGACUGGCUUCAAGAUAAGGUCAAUCUGCCCGCGCUUACUCUACGACUAGUCGGGGCAGGGGCAAACGAAGUCACCCCGGACGCGUAUACCGCAACAAUCACCGUCUCCGAAGGGGACACGAUCAUGAAAGCCCACAUGGCCCUCUUACGCCCCCUAACGCACUUGGCUCACAAUGGCCUCGCCCGGUUUUAUGCCAACUUCAUCUACCCCUGGCUCUGGACCGAGGAAUCACAGGUCCGCAACUACAAAUCGGACUGGACGGAAAUUGAGAACCGAAAAAUCAAGGAAUCCGCCGAGCGUUACGUGAUGGGUGACCGGUACGAAGGCCUUUACGCAAGCAAUAAAAAGGAACCGGAACGGAGCUCUUGGGAGUAUUCGUAUUACUAG